CAGGAGGACAGAACGGGGCGUGUCCGGUGACAAGCGGGGCGUGCCCGGCGUCACUUCGCAUAGAAGUCGCGCCACGCUCCGCGUUUCGAGUAUGUGACAGACAUAAGGCACUCACGAUUUGGACAGCCACUACCGUACUGCUACGCUUCCCUCCCAGUCGCAUCUUCAGUUGUAUCUUCUUGGCCAACAAGAGUACUUGUGGCUACAUACGAUCCUUCACCACUGCCUCGCAACGUCACUGCAGGGACAAUGUCAGCUUCUCGAAGCAGCAAGAGACCUCUGAGCGAGGUUGUCACAGAACCUCCGCAGCAAUCAAAGAGGGUCACGCGCUCGAGUGCAGGCCCUAACGGCGCAAUCCAAGGCCAUAGCGCCGCAAGUCAAGGCACUGAAGAAGACAGCCGAGCUCGGGACAGAGAGAGAGCAAUACGGCAAUCAGAGCGACGGGCAGACAUCGUCAAGCUGGAGAAGAUCGUCAAAGCGGAGAUCACUCAGGUAUUGGACGAGGUCGCCGACCUUAGUGAUGGCCUGCACGCGAGGCUGAUGGCUAACGAGACCAGGUUCUCUAGGAUCGAGGCUAUGCUGGAGCAGCUGCUGACCAAUACCCAACAGCCGCGAAAAGGAACAUCAACAUCUGCACCUGCGCCUCGGCUGCCAAUGGCAGGGUCCGUAGCGCUAGGCCCGUCUGGAACUGCUGCGACUCCGGCGCCAGAAUGCGGAGCACCCUGCGGCACACUUUCAUACGCCCAGGGCCGCCUGAUGGACGAAUUUGAGGAGGUCACUUUCGAUGGCGAUUACACUGCGUACAAUUGUCGUUUCGACACCCUCGUCCAGGCCGCAGACCCAGUACGAUUUUCAUACACCUACAUGAAGACAUGCUAUCUUGCUCCCCUGCCUCUUCCAGAUCAAAAGUUCAUCGAGACAGGUAAUCCAAAGACGAUGAAGGAUCUCUAUGCUGAGGCCGAAUCUCUCUAUAUCUUCAUACAGUUCCGAGAAGCGGGUCUUGAAAGGACCUACUUCAGCAUCCUGAGAGGCAGCAUGAAGUCCUCUCUGCCUCAGACUGCAGCGACUGUUUCAGAACAUCAGACUUGAGAUAGCAUCGCUUCUCGGCUCACAAUUGGGCAUGGUGACUCUUACGCCUUGCAAACUCCUAUUUGCGCCCUGGUAGUAUUGACGAACCGCCACCCUGGCCCCCCUGCAAUGCUGUAUCCACUCUCAUCCUUUUUACGACCUGAAUGCCAUUUGUGCCUUGUCCCCUUCGCUU